AUGUCACUUCAAGAGGAGAAUGAGGAGUUGGAGGAGUUGCGUCAAGAGGUGGAAAAGUUGAGGGCUCAGGCGCGAAACCAUGACACCUUCGGCGCUGGUCCACCUCCGGGAAGCCGAGACCAUCGGCGCUUGCGAAAUGCGCAGACGCAAGAGCUGGAGGAUUUGACCAUGGAAAACAAUCAGAUGGCAGAGCGGUUGCAAGCCUUGCUGGAAGAGAAUGGAAGCCUCAAGAAGCAAGUGGAGCGGCAACAGCAAGAGAUCAAGAGUUUGGAGGCGACCGAUAAGAGCAAGGUGAUUGAAGAGGGCGGACAGAGUCCUCAGAAGAGCAAGCUCAAUUUGUUAAAGAGCAAGGUCUCGCUGAUGCAGAAACAAAUCAAGGAAGACAAUGCCCUGGGUAGCAUGCUGUCACAGGAGCGAAACCAGAGAGAAUCCGUGGAGAGAAACCUGGAUUUGCAUCGGAAGGACGACCUCACUGCACGGCUCAAGAGCACCGAAGUCGAGAUGGCACGACUCCAUGAUGAGCUUGCACAGGCCGAAAACCAGAACCGGGUCUAUGAGCAAGAGAACAAGGAGUCAACCGAGGGAUUUCUUUUACUCGGUCGACAGGACCUCUCUGAGCGGAUCGAAGAGCUGCGGAUGAUCGCGGAGGCGGAGCGGCGUACCAGCUCGCAGAAGCAGGAAGAGCUCAACGAGUUGCAAGACAUUUUCUGCAUGUUGGGUGAUCAGACCAUCGAACCCUGUGAAGGUCACUUCAGCUUUGCCAUCCCCGAGCGUGCAAGUCUUCAGCUUGGACAGGAUUUGCUAAGCCAAUUGCAGACAGUUGAGGAUGAGGUGGAGGAUGAAACGCCGCCUGUCCUGGAUACUAGCAAGGCCAGCAAGACAUUGGCGUGCCUGGAUGAGUCUGGCACUGUGUCAGCUCCCAGCUCUCCAUCCUUGGUUUGCAAAGAGGAUGAGCCUGAAAACUCGGGGGACUCUCGAGAACGACUGGCUGAGUUACAAGGUGUGUGUCAACGACUCAAGGAGGAGCUUUCGAGUUGCAAGCAGGAAGUGACCAGUUACAAGGAGAAGGCAGCGGCAGACGCCAGACGAGAGAUUUCCUUGCGGGAGCAGCUUGAGGAAGCCAAAGCACAGUCUGACAAGUUAGGAUUGUUCAUCAAAGAAAUGGUGACACGUGAGCCUGAGAAGAUUGACUCGGCAGAGACCAGUGCUGAAGAUCCGAUUCCAUUGGAAGUGGAGGGGGGAAAAGCUGAAGCCGACUUCAAUCAGAGGUCAUCUUCGUCAGGUGUAAAGCUGUUGGGAGCAGAAGGACCAGACGUGGGGACUCCAAAGUCGGAGGCCUCUCGGUUGGCAGAACUCCAAGAGGAGUUGGAGAGGGCCCAGAAAACCUUGAAACUUUGGGCAGCUGAGAGGGAGCAAUCUUCCUGGUCCAAACUGAUCAACAGCUUUAUGUGCACAAGCCGCUAA